AAUCUAAAAGACUAAUGUUUUAUCGAUUCUUUCUCUCGUUUUUCUAUCGAUUUUAAGUGUGUAGCGAAUUCAAUAUGGCUUCAUUGAAGAUCAGAAAUUCAAAUCAUCUAUCAGCACAAUGUGACUUAAUUGCAUCAUACAUGGAUGGAGUACAUGUUAAAAUUGCAGAGGCCUAUAAACCUCCAAGAAAAAUAUGUUUACCAGCUGCAUAUAAUAAUAAACUACCAGAUGUAUCCAAAUUAACUUAUGAUUUCAAUUUGGAACGAUCAGUACUUGAGAAGAUGACAGAAUGGCGUAAUGUUCGGCAAGUAAAUAACAAAGCGCGGCAUGCACGAUUAGAUGAGAAAAGGAAGAAACAAAAAUCUGAAUUUUCACCGCCACCACCACCUCCAUUACCUGAUACUACAAAGCCUAUAAAUGCACCUGUGCCUGAAACAACAAUUCUUACUCCACAGCCUUUAUCUCCACCUGCCAAUGAUCUUCAAGAUCAUGUGAAAGCAAAUGGUCUUGACUAUGCUGAUUUUGAUAAUGAUACAAGCAGUCCAUUUGAUAAUAUGGAAUUAAAAACAAUUAAUGAAAUGGAAGAACUUGCUCAGGUAUUACAGCCUACAUCUCAAUGGAUACCACCAGCAAAAUUAGAGAGUUUAUUGAAUGAUUUAAGUGUUAAUGAUAAGUCGAAAAUUCAUGCACAAGAAAAAAAUGAUAAUGUCAAAAAUGAAACGAUUGACCAAGAACAAGUUAAUGAACAAGAGAAUGUCAAACAUCGUAGUGUAUCUGCGAUUGUACAAGAACUUCAAAGAGAUUUAAAAAGACCACUCAUGGAGGAUUGGAAACCUUGGCCAAAUUUAGAAAGUCCCGACACUAGCACUCAUGAAACAUUAAAGCAAGAAGAACCUAUGUUAACAAAUCAAGUUGCUAUUAUGAAUUUAUUAUUGGAUUUAACAGAGGAAGAUAAAAAAUUAGCUCGGCAUUUGAGCGACAUGGGAUUUCCUUUAUCGAGAGCUGCCCGUGCUAUACGCGAAUUAGGUGGUCAAGAUAAUAAAAAAAUUGUAGAAUAUUUAUUGGCUGUGCAAGCUUUAGAAGAAAUCGGAAUUUCCGGAGAAGAUGCUGAAAAAGCUCUUGCUCUUACAGAAUACAAUCAAGAAAAAGCCAAAGUUUAUUAUGAAAAUCUAUGUGUCUUACGAGAUUUAGGUUUCCCUGAAGAAAAGGCAUCUACUGCACUUUUAAAAUGUAAUAUCGACCGCGAUAGAGCUUUAGAUUUCCUAAUAGCGUAAAUAUAGAAUUUUAUAAAAAAUAAUUAUUAGAAUGGUCUAAACAAAUUUUUUACUGCACAAAAAGUAAAAAUUUAACAUGUAAAAUAAUUAAAAAUUAAAAUCCUAAAGAAAUAUAUUAUUUUAAAAACAAUUAUAUAAUAAAUAAAAUAACUAAUUUUUUCGUAUGGUGGGAGUGCAAAGUACUAGCUAUUAUAAGAUAAAAUAAUAUGUAAAUGUUUUGAUAUUGGAAGAUUGAUACAAAGCUUUUUACUCUGAUUUAAAACAUUAAACUUUUAUUUUUUUAAUGUAA